ACAGUGUACACACCUCCACGCGUUCCGUUACAGCGGUGCCGUCUGUGGCAUUUUGUUGACGGCCGAUGGUGCAGUCAGUUGAACAUCAUCUUUGUGUUAACCAUCAAUGGUGGUUGGAGGGAGUUGAACCGUCUAUUGACAGGGUCAUUUUAACUUCGACCUUGCAAGAUAAACAGGUGUCUCUGGUUCGACCUCUGGUCACAGUUUGUUCUCUGACUUUGUCUGGCCAAGUUAAAGAGAAGGAGUUCGCCCCAGUGUUCCUGGUUUGAUUGGCAGCAUAUUGCGCCACAGCACCUUGUUAACCAUUACAUAUGGUGCUUUAAAGGAAUCGGUGUCAUACUGCAAAACGUAGCUACACACACUUUGCAGGACAAAACACUGAGCCCUUUGAGAUGCCCCUUAGGGAUGAGACAUAAAGUGCUAUAUAAGAUCCUAGAAUCUGGCCGGACAAGUUCAACUUCAGUCACUUGGAUAUCCUUGGACCCACCAUGAACGUGUGGACAGUAAGGGACGACAAACACAAUGAAUAUAAACCACCACAGGAAUCCAAGUCGACAGAAUCCUUGAGAAUGGACGACAGGAAUAUCGACGAGGAAGUCGACAAUGUCGUCAAUCGGAAACGAUCUGUUCACAGUCAGACAGAUGAAGGAGUGAUGACGUCCGAUGUCGAUCAUUGUUGUGGGAUGUUCGACAGAAGGAAAUGGGAAGAGUUUGGGAACACCACCACACUGCAUGGAAUGCGGUUUAUAACAAACCCGCGUCAUAACAUUGUCAGAAAAAUCAUCUGGGCUUGUUUUGUCAUCGGAUUCAUGAGCACACUCGUCUUUGUCGUUGUGGACAGCACGCAUCGUUACUUCAAUUUCAACGUCUCUAGCAUUGUGACUGUCAAAUAUGUAAAUGACUUGAUAUUUCCAGCCGUUACAAUCUGUAACUACAACCUACUCAGAAAAUCUUACGCCCGCGAAAUCUUUGGAGACACCGUAUUGGAUUCUGCCUCUCUCUUCCGUCCAAUCCCUGAAGCCAAUAGAUCCAGUUUGGAGGACUGGAAUAUAACAGACGAUUUGAUUAGAGGAGCGCAUCAAAAAGAAUCAAUGGUUGUCGAGUGUAAAUGGCGAUCUAGCGUCAACUGUACGUUUCAAAACUUCACUCAAGUGUUGACUGAUUUCGGGGUGUGCUAUACGUUUAACAAUCCACCAGAUAAGGCAUCUGCAUUGCGAGUACAGGAGACGGGUUAUGACAGCGGCUUGUAUCUAAGACUAAACCUUGAGCAGUAUGAUUAUUUCUUCGGAACGAGCAAGGGGGCUGGAUUCAAGGUGAUGAUUCACAAGCAAGGCGAAUAUCCCUUUGUGAAACAACUAGGAUUCGCUGUCUCACCCGGCUUUGAAACUCUUGUGACUCUCAAAUCAACCCAGUUGGUGAAUCUGGAGAAACCCUACGUGUCGCAAUGUGUGGAAGAGAACUUCAUAGAAGGCUUCAAGUACACGGUGGAAACCUGUCAAGCACUGUGCAAGAUGACGCAUAUCGUCAACAGAUGCGGAUGUAAAACGAGUGACCUCCCAGCUGGUCCAGAUUUAGAUACAGUCAGGUUUUGCACUUAUGGUGAACUUGAACGUUGUGUUCAGCCGGAACUACGUAAGUGGCACUUCAUAUCAGAUGUGGUUGACCAUUGUAACUGCAGCCUACCCUGUCAUCGUCAAGUAUUUACUCCACGCAUCUCAGAAGUGUUCUGGCCGGCUGAGCACAUCUCCAAGGCCCUACAAGAGGCUUUUAACAGUAGUGAAAGCUUCCUCAGGAGAAAUAUAAUCGACCUUGUUAUUUUUUUCGAGGAACUGAACUAUGAAGAAAUUCGUCAGGUACCCGACUAUACUAUUACCGAUCUUCUUAGUGACGUAGGAGGUUACAUGGGAUUGAUGGUCGGAGCAAGUUUGAUCACAUUCUUAGAGUUUGUGGACUUCUUGGUCGUCAACUUGAUCGAAUACUGUCGGAGAAACAACAUCUUAAGUCGACGCAAAAUAGCUAUUAGUGAUUAGAUAGGAAAUCCAUAAAAUUCAUAGAGAUUGUAAAUAAUUAUAUUACGCAUUGUCUGUUCUAAAGGCAUUUAAAAAUGUCGUUGUUGUCUGGUGAAUUUGUUUAGAGAAUAGUGAUGUUUUACAGUAAAGAAUGACGUGUUUUCCACAUGAAGGUGUAAAUUUAGUUACAGACGAUGUUGUAAUGAAUAUCCUUGGGUAGAGUAAACACGGUGUUAUUUAUUAUUUGUUUAUUUAAAAAUCUUUAAACAGAAUACAAAAAUCAGCACAAGAGCUGUUUUACAUUAUGGUCUUAAGUUAACAAAAAAAACAAAGAAGAAAAAAACAUAACUUUAAUUUUUUUUUUUCAUUUGUAAAAACUUGAGGAUUAAAAUAUACUUAAAAAUUGAUUUGUUUAUACAUAUUUUAAAACCACCAAUAAUAAUAUUAUGAGUAUUUCUAAUGCGCCGGUAUCCAUCUUAAGAUGCUCAUGGCGCAGUGACACAAUAAACGGGAAAGGUUAUGAAGUCCUCAUAUAACAGUCUUUCCUAAGGUUAUGUUGGUUUUUUAUUGUUAGAUGUUUUGUUUUAUUUUAUGUAUUUUUACGGGGGUGGGUGACGAUGAGUAGGAUACUGUCCUAAUACUUUAAUCCUCAUUUUGAUUCGCUCAGGUUUAUAUCACUGACUCACUAUGCCCUAAUGGAGUAAUUUUAACAGUAUACCCAUACAGUUGACGUUGAUGUUAAAGGCACUAGACACCUUUGGUAAUUGUCAAGAACCAAUAUUCUCAUGUGGUAUAUCCAAACCCAUACAAUAACAAACCUGUUGGACCCAAUUGGUCAUCGAAGUUGCAACAGGACAAUGCAAGAAAAAAAACACC